AUGAGAAUAAAACUCACUCGUAGUCGAGAUGCCUUCGUGCUCACAUCGACAAAGAAGAAAGAAAGAUUUAUCAUCACAGACAUCAAGCUACUGAUAAGAAGAGUUCGGGUGUCUCCAUCCGUGCUUCUUGCACACGCAGCUGCGCUGGAGAAGGCCCCUGCUAAGUACCCUAUUACAAGAGUGGACCUGAAAACCUUCACUAUUUCUGCGGGUCUGCACGACAAAACGAUUCCUAAUCUGCAUUUGGGACAGUUGCCAAAAAGACUCAUUAUUGGCUUCGUUUCAAAUCAGGCGUUUAACGGUAGUUAUGAACGCAAUCCGUUUAACUUUCAUCACUUUAAUAUUAUUUACUUGAAUUUAUAUGACGGUUCACAACCAAUCCCAGCACAACCGUUAAAGCCGAACUUUAACAAAGGGCUGUACGUCGAGGCAUAUAACAUCCUGUUUUCCGGAACAGGCAUACAUUGGAAGGACGAAGGGAAUGAUAUCACUUACGAAGAUUACGCCAACGGCUACACACUUUUUGCGUUCGAUAUUUCUCAAGAUUUGUCAGCAAACGAACACCACUGGAACUUACAACGACAAGGGGUUGUCAGGCUUGAACUCCUAUUCUCGGCUCCUCUCCCGGAACCGAUUAAUUGUAUUGUGUACUCUGAGUUCAAUAACCUCAUAGAGAUCGAUAAAAAUCGAAACUUUGUUGUAGAUUACAACGUGUAA